GCAGUCAACAGACAAACACAGUCGCUCCGGACUGAAGCUGCACCGGAGCCAAUAUUUCCCCUUAUUAUCUGCUGUCUUUGCGUUUUUAUGGUCCAUUCAACAUCAGUCAUUCGAGGCGGAAGAAAAAUUGUGUUUGUAUGAUGCCUACAAGGCCGUUUGUUUCGAGUUUUGAAGAUGAAGACGGUCUCCGGAGUGUGACGCCUGUUUUUAUUUGAGCCAAGCGCCGCGACACAGAAAGUGAAAUAGACGGAUUCAUCGACCUGACACGUUAAAGACACGACUGGAUCUAUAAACAGUAUAUUGCAAUUUAAGCCGUUGUCUUAUAAGAGUGUGUUUUAUUAAACGCAAAUAUCUUGGCGCACGAGAGCAGGCCAGCUUUAAAAGACCUUGAUAUCACAGACCAACCUGAUUUAUAGUCUGAUGUCUUUAAUGUGAAUGCGCUUUAUUCUUGUUAUUGAUCUUGAUAAGAAGACAGAAACAGUUGUUGAGAUGCAGGACAGGCCCUAAAGACACAAUGUUUACUGAUAGGCGGUCUGUGAUCGUAUCACCCGUGAUGUCCACGUGAGAUAUUUUCUUUUAAUGUGGCUGACAAUGAUAGAUUUUGACUUUAACUCUGAUAUUGUACGUUCCUACAACCUGAUCUGAGCACAGGAUUUAGCAUAUGCACUUAAAAAGGUAUUUACUUGGCUAGGUUAAUAAAAUGAUGUACCACAACACUACAGCAAUUGUAUCAAUGAAGUUGUGAAUGCACAAUUAAGUAAAGUGUAUUGACUUGUUUUUUAGGAAAUAGAUGCGGGUAUCCCUUUCAUAGUUGUGUUUUUUUGCUGUCAUGUGAAGGUUUAAUAGCUAAUGCACUUGUUGGGGAGAUCUAGACCUGUUUCUGCUGCAGCUGGAGAGGUUUAAACUAUGUUUUAGGUGACUUGUGUCGUCUUUAACGCGUGACAGGCAGUGCCGUGUUCAGACUCUUUGGACAUGAGAAAAUGAAUUGCGAGGAUCAAGCUGUAGAUUUGUGCAAUGCCAUGACAAAACCAAACGUCGAUGACAACACUACUUUACACCCCGCCGACGAAGUCAUUCCCUGUGAUGGUCACAUUCUGACGGAUGGAGACCAGGGGGAGCGGGGUGCUGCCAUAGAGGCUGCUGACUCGGCUGUUUUAGCGAGAUUAAAAGACGUCCAUUCCAAGGAUGAGGUUAUUGACCUUUCCGCGGACAUCAAAACAUUGCACAGUAAAAACAAUGGAUCCAUUGCAUCGGCUGCAAUUACAGUUGACCCUGUUAACGGUUCCAGUGGUGAAUUGCAAAAAGGUACAAGCAUUGAGGAGUUUGAGGAAUCACCAGUGACUGAAAUCUCGCUCGGAGAUGGAGGAGGUGAUGAUGGUGAGAUGGAUAUGGGUGUGGAUUUAAGUCUGGAUGAAAAUGGAGUUUUGGAGUUGGAGCCAACAGCCCAGAAACAUCUAAGCGAUGGAAGUGCCUCUAUUUGCGAUAACGUCAUCAUUUCAGACACUGUCAUCGAACUGCAUUCACAGGCACCUGUAGAGGAAAGUACUGAUGAUGUACCUUUGAUAAGUCCAUGCGUGGAGGCCAUCUCCCCUGCUUCCACUCCGGUGGAGCAAGCGGGGGUCAAGCACGGCUCCAAAAAGGUGACCUUUCCGUCUGACGCAGACAUCGUCUCGGGUGCGGUUGAGCCGAAGGACCCUUGGAGACACGCCCAGAAUGUGACUGUGGAGGAGAUUCUGAAUGCCUACAGACAAGCAUGCCAGAAACUGAACUGCAAACCUGUCCCCAAAGUGCUCAAACAGAUACAGGACUUAAAAGACCUGACCCAGCGAAACGAGUGCCUAGACCUCAAAGGAGAGAAGCUUGACUACAAAUCUUGUGAAUCUCUGGAGGAGAUCUUUAAGAGGGUCCAGUUUAAAGUGGUAGACCUGGAACAUACCAACCUGGACGAGGACGGAGCAUCAGCUUUGUUCGAUAUGAUUGAAUACUAUGAAUCUGCCACUCAUCUCAACAUCUCCUUCAACAAGCACAUCGGCACUCGCGGUUGGCAGGCUGCUGCCCACAUGAUGAGGAAGACGAGUUCUCUCCAGUACCUGGAUGCCCGUAACACCCCACUGCUGGACCAUUCAUCUCCUUUCGUAGCCAGAGCUUUGCGGAUUAGCGGCAGUCUGACUGUUUUGCACCUUGAAAACACCGGCCUCUCAGGGCGACCACUUAUGCUACUGGCCACAGCGCUGAAGAUGAACAUGAACCUCAAAGAGUUGUAUCUGGCUGAUAAUAAGCUCAAUGGCCUCCAAGAUUCAGCCCAAUUGGGGAACCUGCUGAAGUUCAACUACAACAUCCAGAUUCUGGACCUGAGAAACAAUCACAUAUUAGACUCAGGGUUGGCGUAUGUGUGUGAAGGUCUCAAAGAGCAGAGAAAGGGUCUGGUCACUCUGGUGCUCUGGAACAACCAGCUAACACACAAUGGCAUGGGCUACUUGGCCGCCGCUUUGCCGUACACUCAGAGUCUGGAGACAUUGAACUUGGGACAUAACGCGGUGGGAACGGAGGGAGUGCACAAACUCAAAGACGGUCUGAUCGGAAACCGCUCCAUCCUGAGACUUGGCCUGGCCUCCACCAAACUGUCCUGUGAAGGAGCGGUCGCUAUAGCGGAGUUCAUCGCCGAGAGUCCACGGCUCCUUCGGCUUGACCUGAGGGAGAAUGAAAUCAAGACUGGAGGCCUCAUGGCUCUCUCCCUUGCCUUUAAAGUGAACACAUCUCUGCUCCGACUCGACCUGGACCGGGAACCCAAGAAAGAAACGGUGAAGAGCUUUCUAGAGACACAGCGCGCCCUGCUGGCAGACAUUCAGAAUGGCUGCAAGAGAAACUUCAUCUUGGCCAAAGAGAAAGAGGAGACCGAGCAGAAGAUGAGGCUGUCCGUCUCUAUGGCAGAAAUCGCCACAGAGGAUCAGGCUCAAGAAGUUGAAGAUGAGGAAAUACCUACUUUUGCCGAACCGGACGAGAAUGCAGUCGUUGAUGGUCAGGGAGAGGCAUCAGAGAAAGAAAGUGAUGAGACGACACCUGAGAAGCAGGAGGUUGAAGAUCAAAAACCAAUAGCGCAGGACGACUCCGACUCGGACACCGAGGAUGAGGACGUCGCCGAAGAGACUGUAGUUUCUGCACAGACCACAUCUCCGAUACCGAUCCCAGCCUCACCCAUGGUUUCAUAUUCCUGUACGAUAAUACCCCCUACACCCCCUACACCCCCAGCCCCUGCGUCUCCAGCUGUCAAAUCGGGGAUUGCCGUGACCGAAGCCACUGUGGCCCCCGGUACCCCAUCAUCUCCCGGGAGGGUCUUCUCCGUGUCCAGCCCAGGCCGAGGACACAAGAUAUUUAUGGUAACACGAGUUGAGAGUCCUCCAGAACAGCAACAGAUCACUGCUUCGCCUAAAGGUAACCAGGAGAUGAACCAAUUAUUUGCAAAACCCAAACAGACCGAUACAACAGCACCUUUAAAGCCGCCUGAACAGAAAUCAACAGAUUCUCCAGCUGGCCUUAAUUUGACACCAGAGAAAGUACAUGGCUCUGAAAAUCUGCCUUCACAGAUUCAGCCAGAUGAAGUCAACUCCGAGUCGGCACAGACACAACUGACCGAGUCUGAGCUUAACACGACAAUUGCAGAGCCUCUCGCUUGCAACGACAAGAUGUCAACGCCUUCACCUGCGGUGGACGAGCAGGAAAAUGUAAAAGAACUGAUUUGUUCUGACAAGGUGGAAGCUUCAGUUUUAGGAUGCUCACAGGAACCUCAAACUAACAGAUUAGAGCAACCUCCAUUAGAAGGUCAAACAGACUCAGUCUUUGUCGAUCAGUCUCAUGUAGAUCAAUUAACAAUAAGCACAGAGACGCAAAAAUCGCAAGAGACACAAAAUACCAAUGAGCAGGACCAAAACGCAUGUUCUCGUGCUGAGCAGGAGGAACAGGAAACAAGCAGCGACUGUCACAUUCAGGAAUCAGGUCCUUCUCAAAUAGAGCCAUUCGUUUCGGGACAACCCCAGGGGGGUUGUGUUACACAAGUGGAGUCAAAGGGGCCUCCUGACGAGAGCUCCACGGCAGAGGAACUUCCCACUGUGAACGCAUGGGCAACACUGCCCAAUGGGCUCAAACCAGAAUUUGCCUUUCACCUGCUCGAACCAGAGGGACCCAAACCAGCCAGCUGCAUUAUGGAGCACGUGAGUGUGACAGCGGAGCUGAGCUGUGGGCAAGAUUUGGAGGAGCUGCUUCUAGAUGCCAGUCUAGAAACCAGCAGAGAUGCACCUUAAUACUGUAUCAAAGGGUCCAGACAUGCAGCGAAAACCGACGGAUUUGUUUGUUGUUGCAACCUGGCGUUUGCUCAAAUUCCUCGGGUCGCGUUUUCUUUGUCUUUCUAUCUCGUCAUUGUCAUUUUCCAAGACUUUGUCUGCUCAUUACAACACACUGAACUCAUCCUCCUUCAGAUUAAAAUGAUAAAAUGUCAUCUGUGUCAAAAAAGCAUUUAUGUAACGACGUCAAUAAGUCGUCUUUUCUCCAUCACUAUGUUCAGUCAGAGGUGAUGUGUUCUAUUAAAACAUACUGUUACCAAAGACACAAGCAGAGCAAAGCACGCCAACCGUUCAUUUUCUUCUCUUCCGCCCUGUUACCCUGUUGACCACAUCACUCACUGCUGCCCCCAAGUGGACCGGAGGUUGUAAUACGGUAGAAAGACUGACUUGUUCAUAAUGCUGGACCAUUGGAUUUGGUUUUGGUUUUCAGAUCUUGGGUAGGCAAGAAGUGUGGUAAAGAUUACUCGUGUAGACUUCACAUCCUCUUUUCUUUUGUUCCUGCUGCUGUUGUCCUGCUCAGGAAUCUUCGUAUUUGAGCAGUGGGUGAAACUUUGAUCUGUCAAAAAAACAGGCACCCACUCUCUGAUCUCUUCAGGUUCCCUCCAUGAGCCAGCACUUCUAAAGCCUGUAAAACAUUUGAACCCUGCGUGAAUAUCUGAAAGUCGAAACGACUGACAUCUGCUUUGCUGGAUAUUUGUUGAUCUCUAGUGAAUCCUCUGAAUGAUCCGGGCGAUUGACUUUGUGAUAAAAAAAAUCAUCUGGUGAAGAAAUAAGCACGAUAGGUCUACACAGAACUCUGUCUCGCACAUGCACAUAUAUUCAAAUACAAAGACUCAUUCUGUCUUCCAUUGGUAACCCUUCUGUCACUUUACAUACUCAUUUCAAAACACAACACAUGACACUUUGGCCUUUAAUGCUCUUUCUUCUGGCUGCUUUGCUCAAUCCGUUUGUAUUUAUUUUAAAGCAUCACAUCUAUUAGUGAUUUAUUUCUUUUCCCCUUUUUGUGUUUUGCGUCUUUUUUUAAAGCUGUUUUGUGGGUUUUGUCCCGUUGGUGUAUAUUUUCAGAUUCUAUAAAGAGCAAUUAUUAAGUUUAAUUUUUCUUAUUUUGAUUGCUGGGAGUUUUGGGGAAGGAUCGGGGCUCUGUUGAUUUAUAUAAAUGGGUCUGGAGCUUUGGGGAGAGUAUAUAAUGUAAAUCAAGAGUGUGUUUGGGGGUCAAAGCUCGGAGGCCUGUGGCUGCUCUGUACAAUAUGGCAGUAGGAGUGUGCUGGACCACGACACUUGAUGAAGAAAACACUAAUGUUGUUUGAAGCUACUGCCGCUGGGGACACUACAGACUAAACUUUACCUCGAGAGAAGGACUGAGCCACCAGCAAAAGAUUAAUAAGUGAUUCUAGGACGAACAAAUGGGUUGUGAAAUCAAGGAAGGACUGGCCUGGGAUGAAUAAAACAGUAAACACCAUUUCCAGGUCUGUGACUGGUGCUGUUUUUGGUUUCUAUCUCUCUUUAACGUCUGGUUGAUGUUGACUCUUGACUUUGAGGAGAGAUGUACUGUCUGCCAGGCUUCAUCGAACUCCAGAGAAGCUUUGCCUCUAGAUUCAGAUUGUCUUUAACCUAAAAAUCAACACUUCUGCGCUGCCCCCAACCCAAUGUUUGUAAUGCUUUAUUUUUAGUCAUUUUUAAAAUUACCUGUUAAAUUAAUCAAAAUGUACUGGUAAACACAAAGAGAUGUGUAUGGCUUUUUCCCUCUCAAAUAAAUGCAUGUAAUGACAAAAAAUGUGUG